ACAGUGUCAAGUGAUUGGAUAGACGUUGACAGUUUCCUUUCUGUACCUAUUCUGUGACCCCACUCCCCCUGUCCACCAGUGAAAGCCGUGAGCCCGUGAGUCGAGAUACGAACGAGGUUGUGGUUUAGACUCGAAAACAUUGAGGUUAAAUUAUGAUUUUAUAGUGAUUUCUAAUGAAUUAAAUAAUUAUAGUUUUAGAAUUAUUUAAUCAUGUUUAACGUUGUAAAAACUCUGAAGUGUAUUUCACGCAACGUGCAAUUGAAAUCAUUCUACCGCAAUUAUUUGUCAAGUGCCUAUAAAUGUCAAGAUGCAUGGAAUCAACGACUUGAGUCACCGUUUUUGAAGAAAGUUAAUGGAACUGAUUUAUUCUUCGAUCUUGAAAAUCAAUUUCAAAAGCAUGGGAAAGCACAUGGUAUUGAUAUAGACAUAUUUACUAACAUAGCUGCAGAACCUGAACGUUCAGAUGAGAUUGAGGACUUGCUACACAAGUUGAGGUUAAGUCCUGAAGCCUGUAGUCUACUGCCUUCUACACAACAUGCAUUCAUUAGAUUCUUAGUUGAAAAUGAUAAAACAGACGAUCUUUUACGAGUUUUAGAUGACAGACUUAACUAUGGAGUCUUUAUGGACAAUUAUACUUGUAUUUUGCUUUUGAAUAAAUUUUUGAAAGAAAACAAUUUUAAGGAUUCUGCAAGAGUAGCCAGCUUUCAGAUGCUUCAAGAGGAUUUUUCUCAUCCAAUGGUCAAAUUCAUGUGUUUGUAUGCUUGUCUCAAAUAUAGUGAGAGUCCUUCUCCGUGGGCUGAAGAAGCAAAACCAGAAUCAGAGUCAGCUGAAGACAUUGAUGAAGAUGAGAUUAUUAAAUUAAGAGUUCCUUACAUACGAAACUACUAUUUUGACGAUCAUUUUGAUUUAAGAAUCCCAUCACACUUGGUGGGAAAAACUCUAUGGAUGAUUGGGUGUGAGCUUCCUGAUGCGGUUGGAUAUACAUGUCAAAUUAUUGGUUUAGGAAUGUACAAUAAGUGGGACAGAUUGAAAAGUUUAAUUGAAGAGCUUUUAGAAAGUAAUCAAAGUGCCCAUAGGAACUGCCUCAGUAUUCUUACCUCAACUUUUAAUAAUGCAAAACAAAAUACUCCAGAUAACAUUGGACUUAUAGAAGAGGUGGAAAAGCUUUUGGGAAAGAUGGAUUCUCAAAAUCAGCUACUGCAAGAUGAUGUUGUAGAAAUAGCAAAGAAUCAAAUGUUGGAGAAUAUAAAAACUCACGAGAAAUCUACAAUUGGCAGUCAAGUACAGAUAUAUGCUGAAUGGGAGAAGCAGAGAGAGAAACUUAUCAAUGAGCACAUAGAUAUGUUGAAACGAGACAGAAUGGUAGAAGAAAUCGAAGAAGCGAAGAGGGAAAUGCAAGAAACUGAAGAAGAGCUCUUCUUUUUCGACAACGAAGACAAGUUGGAUCUGCUGAUUGAACACAAGUACAAGCCGCGUUUCGUCACAUGGCGUGGAUAUAUCAAAAAGAAGCGCGACACAAAUGUUGAGUAUGUCCCACCAGAAAUUCAAAAGAGAAGAGAGAACUGAAUUGUUUAGUAAGAACUUUAUUAUUGUAGGUAUUUCUAAGCUUUUUUUUCUCAUAAUGUGUUUAUAGAUUUUUGUAUUUUGACAAUAUUACUUUUCAAAAUAUAAAGAUGAUCAUCCUAUCAAUA